AUGACCUUCACUGUGGAGGAUCAGGCCAUUGAGGAUCUGCAGUGUGAAGAGGAGAAGGUGAAUCUGCUGACCAGAGAGAAAGCCCAGCUGCAGCUGCAGGCCGAGGAUUGUCAGUUUUUCCGUCUGUCUCCUGUCAGGAAAGAUGUAGAAUUAAACAACACCAGCAGCCGUCUGGAGGCCGAGGAGCUGCUGAAUGUCGGCCUGCAGAAGAAAAGCAAAGAGCUGCAGGUGCGCAUUGAGGAGCUGGAGGAGGAGCUGGAGGCGGAGAGAGGAUUACGAGCAAAGGUGGAGAAGCAGCGAGCGGAUCUCAGUCGUGAACUGGAGGAUCUGACAGACCGACUAGAGGAAGCAGGAGGAGCCACGGCCCUCACAGGAUCUAGCUUGGGAGAUAAUAUGGAGAUGAACAGGAAGCGUGAUCUGGAGCUGCAGCGGCUGCGGCGGGAGCUGGAUGAGUCUGCGCUGCAGGCCGAUGCAGUUUCAGCAGCGAUGCGCAAACGCCACAGCGAUGCACUGUCAGAGCUCAGCGAACAGUGCGAGAGUCUGCAGAGAACCAGAGCCAAACUGGAGAAGGAGAAACAGAGCCUGAGUCUGGAGCUGGACGAGCUCACACACACACUCGACACACUGCAGAAGAACAAGGAUGAGCUGAAGGCUAAAGCGCUGCUCAGCAGCAGUGUGUGUUCGCUGCAGCAGGAGCUGGAGGUGCUAAAGGAGCAGCUGGAGGAGGAGCAGGAGAGCAAACAGGAGCUGCAGCGGCUCGUCUCCAAACUCAACAGCGACGUCACACACUGGAGGAGCAGAUCUGAAGCGGACACUAUACAACACUGCGACGAGCUGGAGGAGACCAAGAAGAAGCUGUGUGCGCGUCUGCAGGAGGCAGAGGAGGCGGCGGAGGCCACUCAGGCCAAAUGCUGCAGUCUGGAGAAAAGCAAACAGAGACUGCAGGGAGAAGUGGAGGAGCUGUGUGCAGAUCUGGAGAAGGCCGUCAGUGUGUGUGCAGUGCUGGAGAAGAAGCAGAAGAUGCUGGAGCGUCAGCAGAGCGACUGGAAGCAGAAGAGUGAAGAUCUGCUGCUGGAGCUGGAGAACUGCAGGACGGAGAGCAGAAAACACAGCGCAGAGUUAUUCAAGAUCAGGAGCGUGUAUGAGGAGAGCAGCGAGGAGAGGGAGGCGAUGCGGAGGGAGAAUAACACACUGCAGGAGGAGAUUGCGGAUCUCACUGACCAGCUGUCAGAUGGAGGAAAGAGUGUUCAUGAGCUCCAGAAGAUGAAGAAGAAGAUUGAGAUGAAAAAAGAAGAGCUGCAGGCGUCACUGGAGGAGUCUGAGGCGGCGCUCGAGGCGGAGGAGACGAAGGUUCUGCGUCUUCAGCUGGAGGUUUCUCAGGUUAAAGCAGACCUGGAGCGCAGACUGCAGGAGAAAGAAGAAGAGUUUGAGGCCGCCAGGAAGAGCCACCAGAGGGCGCUGGAGUCUCUGCAGGCCGGUGUGGAUGUGGAGUCGAAGGCUAAAACUGAAGCCACUAGACAGAAGAAGAAGCUGGAGAGCGAUCUCGCGGAGCUAGAGCUGCAGGUGGAGCAGCAGAAGAAGAGCAACAGCGAACUGAUCAAGAGCAGCAAGAAGAUGCAGCAGCAGAUCAAGGAGCUGGAGGCGCAGCUGGAGGAGGAGUUGCGUGCGCAGGAGACGCUGCGGGAUGAACACACACUUCUGGAGCGCCGCUGCGCCCUGCUUACCGCUGAGGGAGAGGAGAAACACAACACACUGGAGAACACACACCGCGUCUGCAGGACACUGGAGACUGAGCUGCAGGAGCAGAAGGAGAAACACACACUGCUGGAGGAGCAGCUGCAGGCGGUGUUGUGUGUGAAGAGGAAGCUGGAGGUGGAUGUUCAGCAGCUGCAGCAGGAGCACGAGGAGCUGCAGAACGAGCUGAGAGCGGCCAAUGACAAGGCCAAGAAAUCAGCCUGUGAGGCGGCGCGUGUGCUGGAGCAGCUGUGUGUGCAGCAGGAACAUGUCUCUGAUCUGCAGCGUGUGAAGAAGAGUCUGGAGCUGCAGAUCAGAGACAUGAGCGGCCGACUGGAGGAAGCAGAGCAGAGCAGUGUGAGGGGGGGCAAGAAGAUCAUGCAGAAGCUGGAGGCGCGGGUGAAGGAGCUGGAGCUGGAGCUGGACGCGGAGCAGAAGAAACACUCGGAGACGAUGAAGACUCUGAGGAAGAACGAGCGGCGUCUGAAGGAGCUUCUGUUCCAGUCUGAGGAGGAGCAGAAGAACCAGCAGCGCAUGCAGGAGCAGCUGGAGCGGCUGCAGAACAAGAUGAAGAACUACAAGAGACAAGUGGAGGAGGCGGAGGAGCAGGCCAACAUGAAUCUGGCGAAGUACAGAAAGACGGUCCACGAGCUGGACGAUGCAGAAGAGCGAGCCGAUAUUGCCGAAUCUGCGCUCACUAAAAUCAGGACCAAGAACAGAGGCAGCUUCGGCAAGGGCUACUCGUCUGGUUACAGUACGCCAUAUGCCGGUCUGCUGAGGUCACCUAGUUCAGUGGGGUCAGAGGGCAGAGGUGAGAAGGUCACCGAUGAUGACGAGUCCAUCAGCUCACUCAUUCCCACAUACCUGAACUCCAUCAAGAAACUGAUGAUCGAUUAGAGCGUGCCGGAGUCAGAACAAAAGAAGCUAAACAUAUGACUCUUUUUAUUUCGUCCUGGAGUUCAGGAGGUGUGAAUCUUUUUAUCAUAUUCUGGAUUCAGAAAAGAGAAGCUAAACGUAUGAAUCAAUAAAUAGAGCCUCGAGUCAUCAAUCCUCUUUCACAUCCUGAAACUGAAAAAAGGAAAUGCAUGAAUCUUCUGAAUCUAAACAUGUAAACAAGCAUAUCUGUUCAGUGUUACAUCAUUUAUUACUAUCAAGAAAAGUUCAUCUCUGUGUAAUAUUCCCGACUUUAUUCUUAUGGCAGUUUUAUUACGGAACAGUUUUGUUGACUUUAUAAAGAAAAAUACUUUUAUAGAAUGUAAGAUUCAGAUUUAUAAGACACAAGCAUCUGUGUGGUUGCAGGUUUGCAUCUGCAAAAUAACCCUGUCAUAAGGCAGUUCCAGUAAUAACACAAAUUAUCUCUAAAGAAAAUGUUUGUAUGAGUGUUUAGAGACAUUUCGUCUUGAAAUUAUUAUCUUAAAGAGACCGCUAGAGCUGUAUUUGACAGUGUGAAUCUAUAUUCAGCUUUAAUUAUCAUCAAAUAAUUGUCUUAUUUUCAUCUUCUGUGUGUACCUUUCCCUGAAACAUCUAUUUCCUGUAUUAUUCAUAUUUCAGUUGUUAAUAAACACAUUUAGUGUCACACUUCA